AAUGCUUGGAGCCCAUAUGGAGGUUACAGCACUGACGGCUAUGCAAACAGAUGAAGGAGGUUUAUCUAAUGUGAACAGUCUGUCUGGAGGGCACUUCAUCCUGAUAGCUGUGAAUGUUGGUGUGACAGAGAAGGAGACAUCCUCUCCACCAGCAGCAGGGGAAUGCCGUGAAGCUGAUUCAGCUCUGCAAUCAGAGCAACCUUAUGACAGAAACGACAAAGCCAGCCACAGCCAGAUGGGAACAUUUAAAUCAUGACUUCCCACAGAACUGGACGGUGUGAGUUUGCUGCCUGCAGCAUGUCAAUAUCCUGUUUGUGGCUCAGAUCAGAGAAGAUAAAGCUGUGCAGCGGACUGAUAUAGCAGAGAGAGAGAGAGAGAGAGAGAGAGAGAGAGAGAGAGAGAGAGAGAGAGAGAGAGAGAGAGAGAGAGAGAUUGUUAUUUAUGAAGUUUAAAACUGCAGCUCGUCAAGUAUCGAUCAAUCUGACUGCUCGUGCGUCACCCUGCCUGUUGCUGCUGCCGGAGGAGGCUGCGCAUUCACACUCACAUGCAACAGGCAGACUGUCCAGUUGUUUGUUUUAUCACCAGAAGGUCCUAAUGCAGACAGAGCCAGUGGAAGAGGAGUGUUUACCUUGUGCGUAAUGGCGCCGGUGCGCAAACCCUCUCCUGCAUCUCCAGCGUUGCGCCUCAGCAGAUAAACCACCCCAGCGCUAGAAUUCUUCACUCUGUUGGGACAGAAGCAGAAGAGGAUGGCAGCUGUGCUCAACGGAUCCAACAUCACGUCGAACUACACCAACCAGUUCGUCCAGCCACCAUGGCGCGUGGCGCUCUGGUCGGUCGCCUAUAGCUUCGUGCUGACGGUGGCCGUGUUUGGAAACCUCAUCGUGAUAUGGAUCAUUCUUGCCCACAAGCGCAUGCGGACGGUGACCAAUUACUUUUUGCUGAACUUGGCCUUCUCAGACGCGUCCAUGGCCGCGUUCAACACCCUGAUCAACUUUAUCUACGCCGCUCACGGGGAGUGGUACUUCGGGAAAGCCUACUGCAAGUUUCACAACUUCUUUCCCGUCACGUCCGUGUUUGCGAGCAUCUAUUCCAUGACUGCAAUAGCUUUGGACAGAUACAUGGCCAUCAUCCACCCUCUGAAGCCUCGCCUCUCAGCAAAGGUCACCACGGGGGUCAUCGUCUGUAUCUGGAGCCUGGCAGUGAUUUUGGCGUUUCCUCUGUGUUAUUUCUCCACCACCCGAGCUCUACAACGCAGGACCGUCUGCUACGUGGCCUGGCCUCGCAUGGCCAACGACCCCUUCAUGUAUCACAUCAUGGUUACAGCUCUGGUUUAUGUGCUGCCCCUUGUGGUGAUGGGCAUCACCUACACCAUCGUGGGAGUAACGCUGUGGGGCGGAGAGAUUCCCGGAGAUUCAUCUGAUAAUUAUCACGGACAGCUCAGGGCAAAAAGGAAGGUGGUAAAGAUGAUGAUCAUCGUGGUGGUGACCUUUGCCCUCUGCUGGCUGCCGUACCACGUCUACUUCAUUGCGACGGGGCUCAACAAGCGUCUGGUCAAGUGGAAGUACAUCCAGCAGGUGUACCUGUCGGUGCUGUGGCUGUCGAUGAGCUCCACCAUGUACAACCCCAUCAUCUACUGCUGCCUCAACAGCCGGUUUCGGGCUGGUUUCAAAAGGGCUUUUCGCUGGUGCCCAUUCAUCAAGGUGUCCACCUAUGAUGAGCUGGAGUUACGGUCUACACGGCUGCACCCAACACGUCAGAGCAGCAUGUAUACGCUGACACGAAUGGAUACCACAAUGGUUGUGGUGCACGACCCCGUGGAGGGGAACGGCGGUGCUGGAGCAAGGAAGCACUCUCUGCCUACGAGGAAGAGGAGUUACAUCUCCUCUUGCCACACAGAAAUCACUGGCUCCAAUGACAACGGAGCAAAGGUGCAAAACGGAGUUGCACCAAAAGCUGAACUUGAGGAAUUCUCUUGAAGAUUAAAUUUCCCCUAAAUGUUUUACUGUAAAUGAUUCUUAAGACAUGCAUCAUACUUUCUAAAUACUAGCCAUAGUCAUGGUGACUGUAGAUAUACAAUGAAUUUCUUGUGCAUGAUGUACAAACCAAAAAUCUGGCCACAAAGUUGAUCUAAAAGGACCUAGUUCGGAUUAUUCCGGUAUGACAGAGUUUACAACUGUGGAAACUGUGAGCUGACUGUGAUCCAGAGAAUGGGGUGUGCAUUUGUCUGCCCUGUGGCCAUGAAUCGGAGUCUUCAAUGGAAUCGCUGCUGAUUGAACUCUGUCUGGCCUCAUGUGUGGACUGGACUUUGACUUUCAGUUAUGUAACUAUUGUACAAAAUAUGUCCCGCUGGCUGGAAAAAAACCAGAGGAGAUGUCCAGUGUUCAUUUACAGCUCAUCCAAGGCUGAAGCAUAUUCUCACUCAACACCAACUAACCAGUUUUACUUUUUCAAAAACAAAAUGCUUCUUUAGUAUAUAUACUUUUAUUGGGUUAACUGUCCAGAAGUAUGACAGCAUUGGGUUACCGUUGCUGUUUUUAGGCCAGUUUUUCUGUCGUAAUUUAGUUUGAUUCACUUCAUUUGUGCAAAUUUCAUACUGGUUUGGUCAAUAACUUUUUUCACGUGAGCAAACACACAUGCACAUUUUUGUUCAUAGGAAAGCAUUUCUAUCUAUACAAAUAAUGUAUAAAGUUAAGGGUUUCUAUAAACGCAUCUUAUUGAGAGAUUAGAUGUUUUUUUUAUUUUAUCAGUCUCAUUAAGAAAACAAAAAUGGCAAGUCAUCCCAUCUCAUGUCUUAUGGUUCCUUAAAUAGAUGUAAAUUAACCCUUUACAAUGUAAAUAUUAUUGUUUGGCCACGACCGAUAGACAGAGCUCAGUUAAUGGGCCAAACGUAUGGUUUCUUUUUAAACGGUCCUCACAUGCAAUUGGACAACGUUAGGACCUAUCAGAGCAACGAAUAACGUAACAUAUUUAUCGCCACAGUAAUCAGUCCGCCAUACACUGUCGAAGAAGAAGCUAAUGCAAUAUUUUUCUAAAUAAAUGACUUAAGUACCUCUAUCUGCUCAUGUCUCAAAGAAAAGCCCAAAUCUGAACUGUUCAAAGUUGAUGCCAAAGCCGUUUCAAAGAGCGCAGCUUCUGAACCGGCACCAUCUUUGAAGUUUUUCCCUGAUCUGGUGUUAAGCCUGUCUAACAAAUGUAGAGCGCUACGAUCAUCGACAUAAAUAUACGAUUAGCAAGACACAAAGCUGCCCGGGGCAACUGACCUGCAGAGCAAAAUCUUUUGCUGCUUCUACGGCAGGUCUAGCGCUCUUGGCUAACAAUAUCAACAAAGAUGUCCAAGUGAGGUCAUGCUGAAUUCAUUAAAGUAGAGAUCACUGCAUAAACACAGUCUACCAGAUAGGGUUGGGGUUCAUACCCAAACUAAUGAGUUGUUCUUGCCGACCAAGAAUCUUUAAAUCUGGGAACACGUGACUUCC